UCCAAAUGUUGACCAAAAUACAUAUUUUUUUCUAGCUGGACCCACCUUUCCCGUCGUCUCCCGAAUCUUUUUUUUUUCUCAAUUGGCGCCGAAACACGACAGCUUCUUCUUAUUCCUACCAACUCUUCCUAAAAAUAAAAAGCCUCAACCCUACAGAUUUUCUAGACAAGGGUGUUAUUUCUUCUGUCUAUUGCGUGAACGACUUGAAUCUUUCGUCGUCGCUUUCAUCCAACUCUCCACUCAAUCUAAUAAUUUCUUUUCUUUCCUCUAUUUUCAGCCUUUAGAAAUUAGAAUUUCAUCAUGUCUUCCGCCACUCCCGUUGAGAAGGUCGAUGCCCUCGCCCGCCAGGCCGCCGCCAACACCCCCGAGAAGCUGAGCGGUUUCGCCCUAUACUCCAGAUUCGCCCUUGCCGGUGCCAUCUGCUGUUCCGUUACCCACGGUGGUCUUACUCCCAUCGAUGUCGUCAAGACCAGAAUUCAACUCGACCCGGCUACCUACAACCGUGGUCUGAUUGGUGGUAUCCGCCAAGUCGUGGCCAAGGAGGGCGCUGGUGCUCUUCUGACUGGUGCUGGUCCUACCUUCGCCGGUUACUUCCUACAGGGCGCUUUCAAGUUCGGUGGAUAUGAAUUCUUCAAGCAACAAGCGAUCAACAUAGUCGGACUCGAGAAUGCCUCAAACUACCGAACUGGUGUCUACCUUGUCUCGUCCGCCUUUGCCGAGUUCUUCGCCGACAUUGCCCUCUGCCCUCUUGAGGCUACCCGUAUCCGUCUCGUGUCUGAGCCCACCUAUGCCAGUGGUCUUGUGAGCGGUUUCAGCAAGAUGCUGUCUCAAGAAGGUGCUGCCGCCUUCUACGCCGGAUUUGGCCCCAUCCUGUUCAAGCAGGUUCCUUAUACCAUGGCCAAGUUUGUGGUUUACGAGAAGGUCGCCGAGGCCGUCUUCCGCCAAUACCCCAAGAAGGACAUGUCCGACGGCAUGCAGACCACUGUCAACUUGGGUGCUGGUUUGAUUGCCGGUUUCGCUGCCGCUCUCGUUUCUCAGCCCGCCGACACCAUGCUUUCCAAGAUUAACAAGACCAAGGGUCUUCCCGGUGAGAGCACCACCAGCCGUCUUAUCAAGAUUGCCAAGGACCUUGGUCUCCGAGGAUCCUACACUGGUAUUGGUGCUCGUCUGUUCAUGGUGGGAACUCUUACCGCCGGCCAGUUCGCGAUAUACGGUGAUAUCAAGCGCGUCCUAAAUGCGACAGGCGGAGUGGAGAUCUCCAAGUAAACGGAUAUCCUCAAUGUUAUGAAGAACGAUGAUUUCUGGUGGAGAACAAGGAACGACACCCCCCUUUGUGGAUGGAAGAAUUCUAGACAUAUUGGGAGGCUUUGUUGUUAAAGUAACCUCUGGCAGCUAUGCGGAUUUUCAGGAAGCUGCUUUCCUCAUUUUGCAUUUAGACUAGGCGGUACCGGACUGGAUUUGCAGGCUUUUGAGUGCUGGCUGCAAUAGGGGCUUUGGAAUCCUCGAAGCUCCAGGACUCAGCAAGCCGCGGACUCAUAGAGCAUAGGCGAAUCAUCUAGAAGCAGCAGACGAUACUUCCGUUAGGAAGUUGUAUAAUACACUUGUUCAUUUCAAGUAAUGACUAAAUCUCAACUCGUAUUACAACA